AAAUUUAAGUUUGUAAACAACCCUAAUUUCAAUAGGCAUUAGCCAAGGAUUUAGAUCUACAGUUUAAAUAAAAAGUCAGAAUAUUUUUAAAAAAUCAAUGUAAUAGAUCUAGAUCUGAUUUUUUAAAGAGUUUAACGCCCAAAAAUAUAUAGAUUCUCCUUACUUUUAUUCGCUUUAGGCUAUUUCUGUUCGGCCAUGUCGCAGUCUUCAAGCAAUGAAUCAACCGUAUCAAGCAGUCUCAGUGCCAUGUCUUCCAAAGAAAGAGGCAACGUGGCCAUACGGAUGGGCAAACUGUACAGCACCCUCCCCCACUGUCUGAGACGUCUGCCAGAGAACAUGCCUAGGAACCGGCAGGAGUUUAUGAUCCGGAAGUGCAUGAACCCCACGGAGCUGGAGGUGUACUUCGACGACUCGAACCGGUACCUGUAUGAGGCGAGGAGUCUGGCCCAGCAGAUGGAGGACAUCAAGGAGGAGAGGAGAAAACUGUUGGAGCAGUACAAGGAGCAGACGAAACAGCUGAGGGAUCUGAUAGACGAAAGGCCGUUAAAACCAACGAUGGAUCUGGAGAGUAUGCGGAAAAGAUUUGAUAAGGCGAUUAUGGACCACGCCAAAGCGGAAGCCAGGAAACAAAGUUCCAGUACUCAGUCGUCCUACACUAGAUUCUAAGGGGGACAACCCACAAAUUAAAUUUUUAAUAAUCGGUUUACACU